AUGAAGAGAUGUUUGUCUUUACCCCUUAUUGCGUUAGCGUUACUGGCAACGUUUGUAUUCGUUGGUUGCAGCGCGAAAAAGACCCCUCCAGUCCCAACCGCCACUGAAGCCCCUAUAGUCCAACAAGAAUCAGAGGAAAAACAUGAAGAAUCAGACGCUGUAGCGCGUGAUCUUGAUGAACACCGCGAAUCGUCGGAAGAGGCGCACGAAGAAUCACACGCAGAUGAAGAAGUAAUGCCAAUAGUGGAGAUUCCAGACAGCAGUGUGCUACAUCUAAUACCGGAACAAACAGCCGGGCUUAUAUAUUGCCCCAGUUUGGAUGAGUUAAACAAUCGAGUUAACAUGUUAGCGAUGGACCUGAUGCCGACCGCUGAAAAUCCGGAGAUAAUCGCCAAAAUUUUGGCAAAUACGUUUGGUGCUGGCUUUGAGAGUCUUGCGGAAUUAGAGGAAAUCGGGCUGGAUUUAGAGCAAGAUUUCGCAAUCUUCAUGACCUCCUUGAAGCCACCAGACCUCUCCGCAACCGUCCAUCUAACAGACCCUACAGCCAUGAAACAGGUGAUUGCCGCCGAAAGCGAGGGAAGUGCUCCGAUAGAAUAUAACGGCGUAACCUAUUGGAACGCGGCUGGAGGCGGCGGUAGUUUCGCUAUUAUAGAUAACACUCUCGUUUUUUCUCAGUCCGCUGAAGUCUGUGAAAGCGUCAUUGAUACCUAUAACAAAACAAAGCCUGCUAUUACAACCAAUCCCGAUUACGGUGCAUUCCUCACCGAUGUUGCAGAGGGGACAGCGCAGCUCGCGGUACACUUUGAUCUUGAAUCAAUCGCGCCUAUCUUAAGUGCGUCACUUAAGGGUGAAUCGGAAUCAAUGCAGGACAGCCUUGAAAGUGAUCCUGCUGUAAUGGCAGCAGCACCCUUCCUUAAAGGUAUGUUUGACACGGCGACAGAUAUGCUUGAGCAGCUAAAAUCUCUGAGUGCAACGCUUGAAGUGGAAGGCACCGAUGUGAAACUCGCACCAUUUCUGAAGUUCAAGAGCGAUAGCAGAAUUCAGAAGGCGUUAAAAGGGAUGGCUCCCGACGAGUUAGCACUUCUUGGUGAACUCCCAAGUCCGGCGUUUAUAAAUGGCGCUCUUCAGGGGAAACCCGAACUGAUGAUUGAGAUGAACGUGUUCUGGCUGAAAAUGCUUUCACAGGACUUGGACCCGGAACAGGCUGAGAUGCUCGCGUCGCUUGUCAAACAGAUGGAAGACUUUUAUGAGGCUCUUGAUGAGGAAUGGGCUUUUUCUGUCAAUUUUGGUAGUAGUGUCAUCCCCGAUUAUUUAGUUAUCUAUGGACUGAGAGAUGAACAAAAGGCAAAAGCCUAUAUGGAAGAGGCGUUGCUUAAACAACUCCAAGACUCAAUGGCACUCGCUCGAAACAUGAUGGGUGAUGUCGCUAAUCUGGAUAUGUACGAAGGGGCGUAUCCAGGUGAGCCCAUGAUGCAUAAUGGCGUUGAGAUUAAAAGUUACGUCUUCCCGAAUUUCGGUAGUGCUUUCGGAACGAUGCCACCCGAGGCUGCUGGGUUGAUGCCAAACGAAUGGCAUUGGUAUUAUGCUAUUACUGAUGAUCAUUUGUUUCUGGCGACGGGCAGCCCCGAACUACUAAAGAUAAACCUGGAUAACAGAGCGGCGGUUGAUACCGCGCUCUGUUUCUCUGCGGAACCAAGUUAUGAAAAAUUGGUUGCCACCUUGGGAUUGGAGAGUAACCUGUUUUUAGCGGUUUCGCCAAUGACCAUGGUUAAAAGUCUCUUACCGAUUAUCGCGAAGGUAGCGGAUCCGAAUGGUGCUGCAGCACUGCAAAUGAUGUCGGGAAUGUUUAUGGAUUUACCAGAAAACUAUAGCAUCGGUUUUUCCGCGAAAGUUCAAGAGGGUGGAAUCGGGGCAAAGCUGCUUCUUACCCUUAGUGACUUCAAGCAGCUUAUCCAAACCUUUGCGAUGAUGCAGAGUAUGGGACAGAUGCAAUAA